CUCCCCCCUCCACCUCAACACCUUCCCUCACUUCCCCCACGCACUAUGCAACGAGGACCCCUACCGUACAUUCUGGAAGACAGGACCGGCUCCAACACCGGCUCCGACUUUGACGACAUCUACGACCGACUCUUCUUCCGCGUGGCGCGUCCCGCGUCGUCCCCAACCCAAACGCCGACGACUAUGAUCUACAACAUGCACCGCCGAGCGUCCCGCCACCGGGACACUCUGCCCUUCACGCAAGACCCCAUCGUCGUGCUCGAUUUCCUGCACGACGAGUCGCUCGGAACCGUGUCGUUCGUUCGGCCCGCCGGGAAGGUGUCCCAGGCUAUGUCCAAGUAUCUCAGGAAGACAUCCUUGUUUGGAUCAUCCCUGUCACGAAAGUUUGCGGGCUCGGAUGGGCGAGAGUACAGAUGGAGCCAUCGGUCGGUCGACGGACAGGAGUGGACGUGCACGACCGGCGCCGAGAAUUACCUAGUCGCCCAUUACGACCUGAAGAGACCCGACGUGCGCAUGUACGGCGUAUCCGGGCACACCCUGACGAUAUACGAGGCGUUCAUCCAUAUGGCAGUCGAGCUGAUGACUUCGCUAACUAUCAUGCGCCAUAUCGCACAGCACAACUUGUGA